GGGGGACGCAGAAGCAGAGAAGUGGAAACAAAUCAAUAAUUUUGUAAUUUGUAACUUUACGUCGACUUAUUGUGCAUAUUUAUUUACUAAACUUAAUUUCAUCAGAAUCGUCACAUUCUGUACAUGAAAUAACUAAGUAUUGGUGUGCCAUUGGGUCAUAAUCAUGAAUAGGGACAAACGGGAACCGGAAUAUCCUGCCGAGUUAGAAUCUCAGUUCAUAUUGAGGCUGCCUCCCGAGCCUGCUAAGGUUCUUAGCGAAGUUUUGAAAACUGGAGAGAAUCUCAAAAAUCGUUUGACCAUACAAAUCGAGAACGACAUGCGGCACGGUGAAGUGCGAUUUGACCACUGGCUCAUGCACGCUAAAAUUGUAGAUCUGCCCACAAUUGUAGAGGCCCUGAAAACUAUAGACAACAAAAGUUUCUACAAAACUGCAGACAUUGCCCAAAUGAUGAUAUGCAAAGAUGAACCCGAUCAACCAUCCACUGAAGAUGAAUCACCGUCUAAGAAUAAAAGGAAGGACCCAUACAAAGUCGACAAAAAGUUUCUGUGGCCCCAUGGAAUAACUCCUCCAGCAAAAAACAUAAGGAAGAGACGGUUUAGAAAAACUUUAAGGAAGAAGUUUGUGGAAGCACCUGAGAUAGAGAAAGAAGUUAAGAGACUGUUGCGAGCUGACAAUGAGGCAGUUAGUGUAACAUGGGAGAUCAUAAAUGAAGAAGAAGAUCAGUCUUGUAAACCAGAGCCUGGCCCAUCUGUUAGCAGCAAGCCAGAGAAGAGGCCUAAAGCUGAGCGGCCACCUAAACGAAGUGAACCAAAAUCAACUGCUCCAAAUCCUGAAUCAUCAAAGCUUGUUGACAUUUUUGGUGGAGCUCUCAGCGACAGUGACUUAGAAGAAGACAACAUUAAUGUGGAGAUGGAGAACUGUCGCUUGUCUCCAUAUGACAGCCGGAUAUCGGAUACUGGAUCCAUGCAUGGAUUGGGUGACAUGCAUAGCAAAGAAACAGAACAGUUUGAUGCACAAAUGUUUCCAUAUCCUGAAGCUCCUAAGGCAACUUUUAGUCAUGCUUCUACAUCUGGCAUGCAGCAUCACUCUAGCAGCAGAGUUUCAACUGCAUUGUCUGAAGAAGAGGAUGGAGACUAUCAGAGCAUGCGUGACAUGAACAAGGACAAUAUGAGCUUCAGAAUUGAACAAGUUAAAGCAGAACUGGAUGAACUGAAACAACGCCGUCAGCGGACACAGCAUGAGAUUGCCGGCAUGGAAAACCUGGCUCUACGACAGCGGUUCCAAGAUAUUCUUCAUACAUUGAAUCAGGAUAUUAUGUAUAAAGACAUGGAGUACCAAGGACUAUUAACACUUCAAAAUUCUGAGGUGAUAUAAACUGACUGUUUUGGAUCUAACAAUCUUAUUAAUGCAUUGAUGUUGUAUUUUAUCUGCACAUAAGUAUCUACUUAUGUGCAGGUUUAUUAUUAGUAUUAAAGUAUUUUAUUUAGUCUUAAGUAAAGGAACUGAAUUAAAUUGGAAGCUAAUGGAAGUACAGGGAGUCAGCGGAGUGCUAUUUGAAUAACUUUAGAAAUCCUUGGUUUUUGAGCUAUAUUUGUGUUGAGGAACGAGAUUUGAAUGAUAAUCGAUGUGCAAGCUUUUGUCUCUUGUAUUAUUGUCACAUUGAAAUCUAUUGUUUUUUUAACACAUUCACUGCCAGUGACCCGCGGGGAGGGUUCUCUGUUUGUAAGCGCUUUUGCUACAUACUGUUUCUCCCGGGUGAUGACCCGUGUGAAGCCGAUGGGCUUCACUCACAGCGUAUAGCUCGCACUGGCAUUGAAUGUGUCUAAUUAAAUGAUAUAUUUCCUUAUCGAUGUUAAUUAUUAUUAUAUUUGUGGUUAAAAAAUUGAUGUUGUGUAAAGACCAUGUACCUACCUGAAGUUUAAUUAUUU